CUGUCUCUCUACAGUAGAGUGGAGCAGUGUGUGUAUAAUAACUGUCUCUCUACAGUAGAGUGGAGCAGUGUUUCCACAUGUGUGACAGAAUGACCAUCUACUUCUUCAUCGCUGCUUCCUACGCCCCCUGGUUAAUGCUGAGGGAGUUGGGUCCAUGGUCGUGUCACAUGCGGUGGAUUAUCUGGAUCAUGGCAGUUAUCGGCUCCACAUACGUCUUCUACUUCCAUGAGAGGUAUAAACUGGUGGAGUUACUAGGAUACGUUGCCAUGGGGGCGGUGCCUGCGCUGGUCAUGCUGUCCAUGGCGGACAGGGCAGGUUUGUGUGAGCUGGCGGUGGGCGGGGUUUUCUACGUAGUGGGUGUGGCCUUCUUUAAGAGUGAUGGAGUCGUCCCAUUCGCUCACGCCAUCUGGCACCUGUUCGUUGCCAUGGGAGCAGCUACACACUACUACGCUAUCUGGAGACACCUGUACACACCUGGACCCUGAGACACCCACACAUCCCUAACGUGGUGCUGGCCUGUUGACAUGGUGACAUCACCACUACCAACUGUGAUAAUUAUUAUCAUCAUUAGUUGCAGCAGUACCACAGUUACUAACAUGCUGGAAACAGGCUUUGAUUAAAUAAUGCCUGGACUGUAAACGUUACACACCAGAAGGAUCUCUGUCCAAUUAGAGACAGGAAUCAAUGAACUACCAGAAAGAUCUCUCUCUGUCCAAUUAGGGACAGGAAUCACUGAACUACCAGAAUGAUCUCUCUCUGUCCAAUUAGAGACAAGAAUCAAUGAACUACCAGAAUGAUCUCUGUCGAAUUAGAAACAGGAAUCAAUGAACUACCAGAAUGAUCUCUGUCGAAUUAGAAACAGGAAUCAAUGAACUACCAGAAUGAUCUCUGUCGAAUUAGAAACAGGAAUCAAUGAACUACCAGAACGAUCUCUGUUCAAUUAGAGACAGGAAUCAAUUAACUACCAGAAGGAUCUCUCUCUGUCCAAUUAGAGAGAGGAAUCAAUUAACUACCAGAAGGAUCUCUCUCUGUCCAAUUAGAGAGAGGAAUCAAUUAACUACCAGAAGGAAGACCUGACCCUCAUAACCCUGACCUGCACAACA